UCAAUCCGCUGUCAAACUGCCCAUGCCGCAUUGUUUACGUCGUGUACCGAACUCGCUCGCACAGUGAAAACCACAUGAAAUCAGCUAAUUUCCUUUAUUUUUCAAGUUGUACUAUUAUCCUGCAACAAUGAAGGACUCGAAGAAACAGAACGGAACUCCCGGCAAAGGGAAGAGUGAUCAAAAAUCCCAAAAAUCAAACGGCACAGAAUCGGGCGCAACAGCUUCUGCCGGCAAUGGUAAAGCUCCGAAAAUGUGGGACGACGAUCGGUUCGCCCAUCUGAUCAACAACCCGCGCUACCAUGGCAUUCCGAAAUCGAAGAAAAAGGUCACAAUCGAUAACCGAUUCAAGGCCAUGUUCGAAGAUGAGCGAUUUAAUCAAAAAGCGACUAUGGAUAAGUACGGUCGCAAGAUUAAGAAAACGGAUUCGGACAUGCUCCGGAAGUUUUACCAUCUCGAUUCGGACGAGGAAAAUGAACAGGAGGCAGAACGGGAACGCGAGCGUGAGGAACGUGCCAUGGAGGGUCGGGCCGGAAGCGAUUCCGAAUCGGACGCCGACGAAGGGCUUGAGCUGACCGAGGAGGAAAAGAAAGCGGGACUGUCGACCAACGUUAAGAAACGGUUGAAGGACAUGGACGUGGAUUUUGCCCGCGGUGAGGGAGUGCUGGGAUCGGAAUCAUCCUCGGACGGUGAUUCGGAUGGGAGCGAGGACGAGGAGGAUGUGUUCAUCGAGCACGUCUGGGGUGCACUGGAUGCAGAUGCCGAAAGGACGGAUGAAUCGACCAGAAGGUUGGCUGUCUGCAAUAUGGAUUGGGAUCGGGUACGAGCGGUGGAUGUUAUGGUGCUGCUUAGUUCCUUUCUGCCCCCGGGAUCGGCCAUAAAGAGUGUAACGAUUUAUCCUUCGGAAUUUGGCAAACAACGCCUAAAGGAGGAGGAAGAACGUGGCCCCCAAGAGUUGACCGAGCGCACAAUCGAAAGUUCCGGCGAAGAGAACGACGAGGACGAAGAGGUCCAAAAGGAACGUUUGCGGGAAUAUCAGCUAAAUCGUUUGAAGUACUAUUACGCCGUUGCGGAAUGUGAUUCCGUUGCGACGGCGGAUAAAAUCUACGCCGAGUGCGAUGGGAUCGAGUACGAAAGUACGGCCAACAAGCUAGACCUGCGUUUCAUUCCGGACGAUAUGGAGUUUGACGAUGAGCCGAAAGAUCACUGUACCGAGCUGCCCGAGGUGGGCAAGUACGUGCCGCGGAUCUACGCAACGAAGGCACUGCACCAGGCUAAGGUCGAGCUAACCUGGGACGAGAACGAUCCCGACCGUAAGGAGUUCAACGAGAAGCUACGGGACGGCAAAUGGGCUAAUCUGCCAGAGCACGAGCUCAAAAAGUACGUGGUGUGUUCGAGCAGUGACGAGGAGGGAGAUGAUGGUGAUGAGACGACCAACGGCAGAUCCAAACGUCCAACCGUACGACUACGAGCACCGGGUAGUAACAGUGGUUCCGAGGACGAUGAUGCAGACGGUGGUUCCGACUCGGAAGGUGAAUCAAAAGGAAGUAGUCGCAAAGAGAAAAUGAUCGCCAAGUAUCGUGCCCUGCUAAACGACAUCAAGGAACAGGAGCAGGCGGGAGAGAACGAAAAGGUGGGAAUGGAAUUCUCCUGGGAGGUGAACGGCAAAGACGGCAAGCAAGCACCGAACGAUCAAUCAGAUGAGGAAUCGGAAGAUGAUCGAGCUAAACAGAAACCUAACGACGACGUGAAUCCUUUCGAGAAGAUUUUGCUCAAAAAGAAGGAGAAAAGCAAACGCCGGAAGGAACUGAAGAAGCGUCGCAAACGCGGUGAGCUGGACGGUGCUGACGGAGAGCCCACCAAGCAGGAGGACGAAAGCUCGGACGACGACCUACCGUACGGUGUGGAUCUGAACGAUCCAUUCUUUGCGAGCGCCUUCAACGAGAAAGAGUUUGCGCUGGGCGAUAAGAAAAAAUCCAAACAGAAGGACCGCGAAGCCGCCAAACAGGCGAAAGAGCAGGAGGAACGCGACGCGGAAGAGUCGGCACGUCGCCGGGCCGAGCUGGAACUUAUGCUGGACGAUGGGGAAGAUAAUCGGGCUCACUUUAAUCUGCGUGCGAUCCAGGAGAGUGAGAUCGAUCUCGCGACCGUAUCGAAAUCGAAACGACGCCAUCUGCUCAAGAAGAGCCGCCGGCAGAUCGAGGAACAGCGCAACAGCAAGCAGGCGGCGGAUGAUUUCGAGGUGAACGUGGAAGAUCCCCGCUUCACUGCGAUCUACUCGAAACCGGACUUCAACAUCGAUCCGACCAAUCCGGCCUUUAAGAAGACGAAAGCGAUGGAACGGCUGAUCGAGACGAAGCUGCGCAAGCGUCAGCUGGCGGAGAACGACGUGAGAGAAGGAGGGAAUGGAGCGGCGGCGACGGCGGCGGCGGAACCGAAAGUGGCACGGAAGGACGUGGCCACAACGAUGCUCGUGAAGAGCAUCAAGCGGAAACUAAAGAAUGCUUCAUAGGGCGGAAGUUGUCGUGGAAAUGCAUCGUAAUAAAUACAAAAUGUUAUUAAAAAAGUUAAAUAAAUCUUAAUUUACUUACAAUCCCGAACCUUCACCAA